GAAACAUUAGAAGCAUAGCUGCUGCUGGGAGCCAGUAGCGCCAGAGUCUUGAGUGAGUGGCCUGAAACAGAAAUGAACAGUUCUCCAGUCUGAGAUGCCGAAGAGACUCCUGUGUUCUUGUUUCUAGUGAAGCAACCAGGAGGAGUGGGGCUUUUGGAAGAGGCAGGGGGGUGUCGGACACGGUCUGUCUAUAUUUCAGAAGGCACAGUUGCAACAAGGCUGAGGUUUGGCUGGAAUGGGAGUACUGCCUUUUAAAGCCUUGGUGCAGCUCUCUGUGACUGGGUUGAGUUCAGUUCCAUAAAGAGGCAGACCACUGGGGUUACUUCAGUCUGAGGGGCUUGUGCGUUUGGGUCGUGGCUCCACAGAAGAGUGCCUGACCUCCCCUGACUACUAGCCUUACAGGGCAGCCCUGAGAGGAAUGUAGAUUGUCACCAGAGCUAUUUUGGCUAUGUGCAACCGCUAAUGAUUGUAAUCACAGAGCAGAACGGGACUCUGAGAAGUUUUUCCUCCCCAGCAGUUCUCUUGCCAUACCACGCUCACUACUGUCUCCCAGAGAUUAGAGCGUUAGCCGAAUGGCACGUCGGCUCCGCUUGCACUUUGCGUCGAGAAGAAGCAACACGGAUCCUCUGUCAGAGAGCCUGAGCAGCCAUGGUGAGGAGAGCGGUCUCUGUGUGUCAACCCGCAGCCCCGCAGAGAUCCUAGCGCACAGCUCUGUCCAAAUGAAGGUGAUUCCAGGGAAGCUAGCCUUGGCUUUGCCUCCCCUGUCCCCGGAAUACGGUAAUUUACAGCGCUACUCAUCCGUAUUUAUACCCAAGGUGAACACCGUCAGCAAGAAGAGUACUCUGCAGAUCUCCCUGCAGCCCCGUGGCAAGCUGAAUGGAGAGCUGGAGAACAGCACUGAGGGCGGGGAGCCAGGGGUCUGCGAGGUGGGAGCAGGCAGUGGCUCAGACGGGGUAUCCUGUAGCAGCAGCACGGCCAGUGACGCAGGCUACUGCAGCAGCAGCAGCAUCUUUGAGCCAGAGUUCCCAGAUCAGCGUAGGGCAUCCCAUGAGAGAAGUCUGCCCCGUAGGAAAACCAGGGUCCCCCUGAGACGCUGCUCCUCCCUGGUUAUAUUUCCAAGGAGCCCCUGUAAUACACCACCAGCCUCCCCGAUCAGCCCUGUGGCACUACCCGCCUUGCCUCUAGCCAGGGGCUCCUAUCAGACUUCUCACCAGCUCCAGUUGUCCCCCAGUGAGCCCCCGCAGGAGGACGAGACGGGGACCUCAAAAGCGUCCAUCGCCACGGCGAUGAACGGCCUACGACUCUCUAAAGGCAGCUUUCCGUCAACUGAGUUCAGAGACGCCAGGCCCAUGGUGCAUUUUAACAUUCCCCUUCCAGAUAAACCUAAAGACAAAAUGGAGGAGUGUGAGAAGACUGACCACUCGGCUACCUUAGACAGACCGUGUCGCGACAAGGCCGACCUAUCGGCAAAUUUAGACCAACACUCCAGUGUGCUACUGCACUUUGCCCACCAGCGACCAAUGUCUGGGAAGGCAUCUAGAAACAGAACAACAGUCAAUGUUGAAUGUCCUGAAUCUCCAACCCAGCCCCCUCAGUCGGAGGGUGAAUGUUGCCCUCGACACAUUAAGCUGUUUCGCAGCACUUCUGCUUGCUUUCUCCCCUCAACUAAACUUUCAGAGAGGAGCCACAUUGCCGGUCUCGCAGACAAUGGAAAUGGACAGGAAAUGCCUGAGGAAAACCAUUGUCAUCACGCCUUACAAAGGAGCUUUUCUCUGGAAGUCCCCUACCAUAAUACUAGUAUUUCAUGUCACGUUUCCAACCAAAAACUAUCUAACUCUCCACAUGUGCACAUCCAUGUGUCCCACGGCUCUGGGGCAAGGGUCUCUAGCCCUGUCAUUGAUGUAAACACUAACCACAAAGGGGAUCACAUACAAAAGAGCCCUGCAAGAAAGACCACGACACGUGAUGACUUUCUGGGGCAGGUGGACGUGCCAUUACACCAGAUACCGACAGAAAAUCCUAACAUUGAAAGGCCAUACACAUUCAAGGAUUUUCUACUUCACCCGAGAAGUCACAAAUCCAGGGUCAAGGGUCAUCUCCGUCUGAAGAUGACCUACUUACCCAAAAACAACUCAGAGGAUGCUGCAGAACAGACUGAAGACAUGGAUCCUAGCUGGGAGUUUCUAGAGGGCCAGGACAUGUCCGGUCCCAGGCAUAACCACCUGCUGCCUGCAAUGCCCCCUGGCUGGGAGGAGAGGCAGGACAACCUGGGCAGGACCUACUAUGUCAACCACGAAACCAGGACGACACAGUGGCACAGGCCCAUAGUACAAGACAGCCAGGUGGAGGCAGAGCAAAGGCAGAACAUCCACAUGGAGGCCCAGCACGCCUUCACUGCCCGCAGGCAGAUCUCCGACCAAGAGGACUCCAAUGACAGACACGAGUCUCCUGAGAGCUGGGAAAUCAUGACAGAGGAUGAGUCCACCUUGUACAACAGCCAGUGCUCCCCCCCUCCACCCCACUCCCCCCUGGAGUUUCACUCUUUCUGUGAUGAGCUCAGUCGCCUCCAGGCCUCGGGUGCCACAUCCGGCAACCGACGUACCUCCCUCCAGCUGCAGGGCCCUUCCAGUCAUUCAAGUCACUCCAGUCGCAGAGGCAGUGCCCAGACUCUGACCGUAGAGGAACACCCUGUUCAUCCUGUGUUGUUAGCAACCUCAGCGGGGCUGCCUCCAGGCUGGGAGGAGAAGCAGGAUAGUAAGAGCAGACCCUACUACGUUAAUCACAACAGCAGGAUAACCACUUGGACACGGCCACUCAUCCAGAUAACCUCAGAGGCAGCAGCCCAGGCUCUUCUAUCCCAGAACGCCACUGUGUACCAGCCCCCCAUGCUCCCUCCUGAGGGCUCCCCCCAGCACUCCCCCGGCUCACAGAGGGAGUGUGGUUUCAUGCCGGCGGGCUGGGAGGUCCGCAAUGCCCCAAACGGAAAACCCUUCUUCAUCGACCACAACACUAAGACCACUUCCUGGGAAGACCCCAGAUUGAAGAUUCCUGUGCACAUGAGGAGGAGACCUUCGCUAGACCCAACUGACCUCGGGCCAAUGCCGCCUGGCUGGGAGGAGAGGGUCCACAGUGAUGGGAGGAUAUUCUACAUAGAUCACAAUACGAAGAACACACAAUGGGAUGAUCCAAGAUUGCAGAAUUCAGCCAUAACUGGACCAGCUGUGCCUUACUCCAGAGACUAUAAACAGAAGUAUGAAUACUUCCGGAAGAAGAUGAAGAAACCAGCUGACAUCCCCAAUCGCUUUGAGAUGAAGCUCAGGCGGAACGCCGUGCUAGAGGACUCCUACAGACGAAUCCUGUCAAUCAAGAGGGCUGACUUCCUGAAGGCUCGGCUGUGGGUGGAGUUUGAGGGAGAGAAGGGCUUGGAUUACGGUGGCGUGGCCAGGGAGUGGUUCUUCCUCAUCUCCAAAGAGAUGUUCAACCCCUAUUAUGGGCUGUUUGAGUAUUCUGCCACGGACAACUACACUCUGCAGAUCAACCCCAACUCAGGCCUCUGCAAUGAGGACCACCUGUCCUACUUCAAGUUCAUUGGCCGUGUGGCAGGCAUGGCUGUCUACCAUGGCAAGCUGCUGGAUGCCUUCUUCAUCAGGCCUUUCUACAAGAUGAUGUUGCAGAAGCCCAUUACUCUACAGGACAUGGAAUCUGUGGACAGUGAGUACUUCAACUCCCUGAAGUGGAUAUUGGAGAAUGACCCGAUAGACCUGGAUCUGAGGUUCACAAUAGACGAAGAGCUCUUUGGACAGACACACCAGCAUGAGCUGAAGCCAGGAGGAUCUGAAAUAGUUGUCACCGAUGACAACAAGAAGGAAUACAUCCAUCUUGUCAUGCAGUGGAGGUUCGUGAACAGGAUACUGAAGCAGAUGACCGCAUUCAAGGAGGGAUUCUAUGAGUUGAUACCCCAGGAUCUCAUCAAGAUAUUUGACGAGAAUGAGCUGGAGCUCCUGAUGUGUGGCCUGGGAGACGUGGAUGUGAACGACUGGAGGGAGAACACCAAGUACAAGAAUGGCUACUGUCCCAACCAGCCUGUCAUCCUGUGGUUCUGGAAGACUGUUCUGCUGAUGGAUGCAGAGAAGCGUAUCCGCCUGUUGCAGUUUGUGACUGGCACCUCCCGGGUCCCAAUGAAUGGCUUUGCAGAGCUCUACGGGUCUAACGGACCACAGCUGUUUACCAUUGAGCAGUGGGGAACACGAGACAAACUACCCAGAGCCCACACAUGCUUCAACCGGCUGGACCUGCCUCCCUAUGAGUCGUUUGAGGAGCUGAGGGAGAAGCUACACAUCGCCAUAGAGAAUGCACAAGGCUUUGAUGGAGUAGAUUAGGGGAGUGUGUGGCCUAUGGCGCAGAUGUUAAAAGGGCAGUUACUGCCAGUGAACUGAGGGCUAGCACCAAGUUUUUGUGCUGUAGUUCUGUUUAAUGCUGAUAAAACACCUAAUAUUCAGGUCCAGACCUGACAACCGCCUGAGAAGAUGGAGAACAAUCACAGACAGCAAGGUCUUUGGUGCUCCUCUCUCCUGCACAGUGGAAGGGAUGGAUGAUGAGUGAAAAUCACUUCUUAAAUCACUCUUGGUCUGUGAAGUUUACAAAUAGUUUUUUUGUGUCUCGUAAAUAUGUAUGUAUACUUAAACCAGAUCUAUAUACAAUUUAUCAAAUGCAUUAUAGCAUACAGAUAUUAUUGUUCAUCUAUGAUAAACAUUCUAUCAUGAGGAGAUUGACAUUGGACUUCGAUAUACAUUACCGUAUAUACACUGGUGUCGAAAGAGUUCAACAGGGAUUCUGGCCCAUGACUCCAAUGCUUCCCACAGUUGUGUCAAGUUGGCUGGAUGUAUUUUGAGUGGUGGACCACGGGAAACUUAAGUGUGAAAAACCAUGCAGUGUUGCAGUUCUUGACAUAAACCGGUGCGCCUGACGCCUACUACCAUACCACUUUCAAAGGCACUUCAAUCUUUUGAUUUGCCCAUUCACCCUCUGAAUGGCAGACACAAGCCUUGUCUCGAG